AAUUCAGUUUAACUCCUGGUUUGUCUUCAUUUCGACUAUUAUUUACAUAGUUCUCACUUGAGGGUUUAUAAAAAAAAAAUAAUAACUCAAUAUAUCAUGUUUUCAUCCAAAAGAAGCAUCAUAAUAUUGGUAGUUGUUAUUGCAACAUGUAUUCAUGUGAAUUCAGUUGAAGGAUUGAGACAAAAACGGCAAACCGAUAACAGUGGAUCCACUGCUUCACCAACUACAACACCACCUUCAUCAUCAGGCACAUCGUCAGAUUCUCCAACCAAACCUGCUAGCAAAGGACUCCUUACUUUCCUUGGUGAUACUCUUGUGCCUGUUCCACUUGUUGGGGGUAUUGUAUCGCCAAUUUUGUAUUUAGUUGGUGGUAUGUUAGGAGGUAUUCUUGGUAUCUUGGGCUAAAAAUGAAAAAAAUAAAUCCACCAUAUAUUGUUGACAGAUUUUACAUCAGUCUGUAAUGAGAAAAUAUGCCAAAAGCAUAAAUAAAUGAAUUAAUCAUAUAAAUUAUUUGCAAAAUAAAUUAUUUUUUCAAAAUUUCACAUGUUUUUUUAUCCACUUUCUUUAUUUAUUAAUAUUGAAAAUUCAAUUAAAACAGAGAUAAUGUUAAAUAAAGUAAUGAUAGUCAUUAAAUGCAUAUCAUUUUUCUAAUCUGUCAUCAAAUUAUAAUUUAAUGUAUUAUUAUGUUUAUUGACGAGCGAAUCCCUUUGACUUUGUUUUCAAAAUAUUAAUGUUAUCAAUCACAGAAAAUAAAGUAAUGAAUAGUAACCCUGUAUUGAAUGAAAA